CGUAGGAUAGAUUUUUGUCACAUAACUGCAUGUUUCAUAGACAAUAAUUCAUACACUGAUUUGAACUAUAAGUUGCAAGUGCUAAGUGUAAGAGUGUUGGUGAAUAAAAAGGUUGUACAUAAUUUUAUUUACAGCUUGUAUUUCAUUUCCGUAAGUUGAAAAAUUAAUAAAUUUAUAUUAAGUUAAAAAAUAUAUUUGAUGAUUUCCAUUCCACCUGUGAAAUUCCUUUCGGCGGAUAUGACGGUGAGUUUAUCAGUUCUAUUUUUAAAAUUAAUUUGUUAUUCGUACAAUUUUUCAUUGUUUUUUUUUCUCUAAAAUACCAGGUAAUACUUCCUUGAGGAAGAAAUCAAGACACCGAUGGCUAGAAGCAGUAUGGAGAUCCAAUUGUGAAGAAAAUUGCUCGGAUCCACCACAGCGAUACACAUCAUAAUUAUAAUGUUCCGCUCGGGGUGGUUGUGGGGUAUGCUGGUUGUAUCGAGCUGUUGGGCGAGCCAGUACGAUAACGGCGGCGAGAAGAACUCGCUAGGCGCGACUGGAACCAGCGAAAACACGACCGUCAGACUCGAAGCCAUAGAGGGAACUCUGUAUUACAGAGUGAUUAAGGCAGAAAAAAGUCCUCAAUGGUUCCCAGAACGGGAGUUGAAGCUAGACAGCUGCGUCAGGAGAGCCCAGUGCGAACCUUUGACCAAAACCACGUGCUUGGGAGUUAGGUUACCAUACAAUAGGACAAGCGUCCGCCUGACCUUCUACGACAGUCAGUACAAAAUACAAAACCAACUGGAGCUGUACAGGGAGUUGAUAAACGUUCCUAAAUGCUGGGCGGUUAUACAGCCACUGCUCUGUGCUACGUUCAUGCCCAAUUGCGAGAGUAUUAACGGGCAGGACAUGGUGCACCUGCCAUCGUACGAGAUGUGCAAAAUAACUAUGGAGCCGUGUGCGAUCCUGUAUAACACCUCAUACUUUCCGUCCUUUCUGAAAUGCAACGCCACAUUGUUCCCGCCGAAAUGCGAGAACGCUGCCAGGGAGAUGAAAUUCAACACGACCGGUAAAUGUCUACCGCCGCUUAUACACACGGACAAACGACAUCACUUUUACGAAGGUAUAUCGGGCUGUGGCGUACCUUGCCGCGAUCCCCUGUACACGGAGGACGAGCACGCGCAGAUCCACCGUCUGAUCGCAUGGGGCGCGGGUUCAUGUCUAGCGCUCAACCUGCUCACCGUGGCCACCUUCCUUAUAGACUGGCGCAGCGCUAAUAAGUACCCCGCGCUCGUCAUAUUCUACAUCAACGUGUGCUUCGCGGUAGCGUCCAUGGGUUGGCUGGUACAAUUCGGAGUGGGUUCGAGGGAUGAUAUAGUUUGCUCGAAAGAUGGCACUAGACGCCAAGGAGAGCCUUCAGCUGAAGAGAAUCUGUCUUGUGUUGUUGUCUUUGUAUUGGUUUAUUAUUUCAUGAUGGCGGCAUGCGUUUGGUUCGUGAUAUUCACGUACGCGUGGCACAUGAGCUUCAAAGCGUUGGGUAAAAUUCAAGAUCGUAUAGACAAGAAGGCGGCAUAUUUUCACCUGGUGGCGUGGUCCCUACCACUGAUACUCACUAUCACGACCAUGGCGUUCGGUGAGAUCGACGGUAACAGCGUAACCGGCAUCUGCUUCGUGGGUUACGUCAACCAUCCGAUGAGAGCGGCCUGGUUGUUGGCACCACUGUCAGUAGUAUUGUUACUCGGCGGUUAUUUCCUACUGAGAGGUGUGUUCUCCUUGAUAGCGGUCCGCGUGUCCAGUAAGGACGUGAUCUCUCCGCGUGCCUCCAACAAGAUCCGUCAGACUAUCACCCGGUGUUCGUUGACCGCUGCCCUGGUGGCCGUGUUCAUCUGCGUCACGUUCGCGUGUCACGUGUACGAGUUCAGAAACGCCGAGGCUUGGAAGGAAGCGUUCAAGAAUAACAUCAUCUGUCGCCUAGAGUCGUGGCGUGAUCCGUCACUGGCUGGCCGCGAGUGUUCGCAAGGCGCUCGUCCGUCUGUGUCGGUGUUACAACUACGCCUACUGUGUUGCUUCGCGUCGGGAGCGCUAAUGGCCUCGUGGACUUGGACGCCCGUAGCCGCAGCCGCCUGGAGACGAUAUAUGGCCAAGAAAUGUGGUUGCUCUGUAGAAGCCGAUAUGACGCGGCGUGCUCAUAAACACGAGCUGAUAGCGCGCGCGUACAGGCGGCGCAACGAGUUCAUUACUAGAGGUAGACUUUCCAUAUCGCUCGGAGGUUCCAGGCAAGAUCCCGUGGGCUUCUGUUUGGACAACUCGCCCGCUGAUUACCCGGAAGACGCCAAACAUGAGAGCGGCGAGUUGUCGUCGUCGUGGGCAGCGAACUUGCCGCGUUUCGUCCGACGUCGCGACGCCCUAGUGCUGCCUCAACACGCGCACCACUCGCACGACAUGUCCUCCACUCCGGACCGCAGGAACUCACAAGACUCACAAAUAAGCAUCAGCCUCCGCCACGUGUCCGUGGAAUCGCGCCGUAACUCGCUCGACAGUCAACUUUCGGUGAAAAUAGCUGAAAUGAAGACUAAGGUCGGACGGCGGCGGACAAAACACAGUAAAGCCAAACGUAAACGAGCUUCAGUGCGUAAAGAAAGUACUCCCUCGAUUGAAAGCCAGAUAAGUCGGUACUGGUUACAAGCGGUCGCAGCCAACGCGGACCCCUCGCGCGAGGAGGUCAAAUUUAGUUUCGACUGAAAAACGUGACCCUCGUUCGUUAUUGUCUCAGCGGCUGAGUGAAUAAUGAAACGUCGACAUACAUAUCGAUCGGAGCUUUGAUCUCGACUAUUUAAAUUUAUUUUGAAUAUGCAUUUACCGUCCGGAACGGAACAUACUAUUAGUAUGGCGGACGCGUUGUGUUUGAUUUUUGUAUUUUUAUACAUUUAUGCUAAUAAAUAUACAGUACAGUUUUGAUAAACCCUUAGUUUGUAAGAAGCAAAAGUUCAAAUGCUAUUUUCAUCCAGCCCAAAGGUAACAGUGAUUAAUUAAUAUUGUAAUUAGUUAUUAAUAAUAAUUAAAUGAUAGGAAUUUUUACAUUAUAUAAAGAUCGCCUGUGACGUUUUAUACACAAAUCUACAACAAGACUGAUUUGAAUCUCUAUUUUUGUUUUAACAAAUAAAUCCAAUGCUUAUUGUGUGCCAUAAAAAGUAUAGACACGAGGUCUUUUUGUACACCUGAGGAAUCACAUGAUGUGUUGUGAAAAAUUUUACUGAAAUCAAAUCUAUUAAUUACUUAAUAAAGUAGUUUUAAUAUUUUCCUGAUGAGAACAUCAAAGUUAAAACGAGGUAUCCGUUUUUUGCGAUUGUACAAGGGUUGUGACUUCUAACGUUGUUUGUGUUGCAGUCUUCCAAUAGAAGUUACUAUGAAAUAAGUACAAUUAUAACUAAUGUCUACAUUUAAGAUUGAUUAUUCAAUACAAUUAAGUCUGUGCUAGCUUUAAAAUUGUAUGCUAAUAUUUUUACUUGUGACGUCUUUACAUGCUCUCCGAAAUAAAUAUUUAUAAAUGAAAAUUUA